UCUCUCUUUGUCUCUUUGUCUUCCUCCUUUUCCGGCUCUCUUCCUGUCUGGCUCUAUUUCUCUCUUUCCUUCUCCCUGCCUCUCUAUCUCUUUCUCUCUCGUGCGCGCGCGCACUCUGUCAGUACGUCCGCGAGGUGGUCAUCAGCGUGCAGGAUCAUACUGAUGUGCGCCAGGACACCUUGACACCUUGCCGACUACGACGAUCAGUGGUGGUGAGACUCGGGCGGCUUCUCCUCGAGCCCGGUGCUCGGCGAAGGACCGAGCACCACGUUAACGAGCGCCCUCGUAUCCGGACAAUCCUCUGAAGAAAGAAUUUGCGAUUGCGUCCCAGCGGUCGGAGGUUACGCCGAGACGAGGAGGAGAUCGCUCUCAGGAUCGUUGCUGCUGACGGACUGCUACUGCGACGACCGGUCUCUCGGUUUAGUGGCACGAUCGGCAGCCGAUCGUCACGAUUAUCAUUACAGUGACACGAGUAAAGUUUUAUCGUGGACGCCAACGCGGUAUGCAGUUACGCAUUUACGUCUUAGCCUGUCUCCUAUUAAAGGGGCUGGCUCGUGCCGAAGAGGUGGAGGUCGUGGAAGCGAUUUCGGGGGAAGACACUCGGAACGACAAUUCAGCGCUGAAUCGCCAAGACAAUGAGCUGAACAAUUCGGACCAAUUGGCGUUGGACGGCUUGGGGGAUAAGGAUGGAAAUCACUACAAGUCCGGUCUCCGGGGUCACCCUCUGCUACCACCUGGUCGGGGCGCGCUGAGCUUGCCGCGUCCGCACCACAACGUCGCCUAUCACGGCCCACCGCCGCCGUUACCGCCUUCCAAGGCGCCAGCGGAAGCGAUGGACAAGAUCUAUACGACCGCCGGCGGUGUCAGCACGGCGGAUGGCGUCGAGCCGUGGCCGGCGCCGACGCCCGACAUGCCGAAGAUCGUGUCGCUGGACGUGAAGUGCGAGAAGAGCCUGAUGAAGGUCUACUUGGGCUUCGACAAGCCGUUCUACGGCAUCGUCUUCAGCAAGGGCCACUACAGCAACGUCAACUGCGUCCAUUUGCCGGCCGGGCUGGGCCGUAAGUCCGUCAACUUCGAGAUCAGUAUACACGCGUGCGGCACCGCCGGCAACACGCAGAACGAGCUGUACGGCUACGGCGCUGAAUCCGGCUCGGGCACGUACUUCGAAAACAUCAUCGUCGUGCAGUACGACCCGCAAGUGCAGGAGGUCUGGGACCAGGCGCGCAAGUUGCGCUGCACUUGGCACGACCUGUACGAGAAGUCGGUCACCUUCAGGCCGUUCCCCGUCGACAUGCUGGACGUAGUGCGCGCGGACUUCGCCGGCGAUAACGUUGGCUGUUGGAUGCAGAUCCAAGUGGGCAAGGGGCCCUGGGCGUCCGAGGUUUCGGGCCUGGUGAAGAUCGGCCAGACGAUGACGAUGGUGCUGGCGAUCAAGGAUGACGACUCCAAGUUCGACAUGCUCGUGCGGAACUGCAUGGCGCAUGAUGGCAAGCGGGCCCCGAUACAGUUAGUGGACCACCGCGGCUGCAUCACCCGGCCCAAGUUGAUGUCCAAGUUCACCAAGAUCAAGAACUUUGGCGCCUCGGCGUCGGUGCUGUCGUACGCGCACUUCCAGGCCUUCAAGUUCCCGGACUCGAUGGAGGUGCACUUCCAAUGCACCAUCCAGAUCUGCCGUUACCAGUGCCCGGAGCAGUGCUCCAAGUCGUCGCCGUUCCUGGAGACCCAGGGCCUCCUGGAGAACCAUCACCAUCAUUUGCUGGCGAACGGUCAUCCCGAGCUUGGCUUCGACCUGCCGCCGCCGCUGUCGUUGGAGACAUACCUGCAGCCGGCGGCCGGUCGGCCGCGCGACGAAAGGAGGAGGAAGUCCCGCGAAAUCGUGCGGGAUAGCCCGCAGAAAGCCGUCGGUGUGAACAGGAUCAUCCGGGUGGUCUCCACGGGCGACCUAACCUUCUCCAUCGAUGACAACGCCGCCAGCGCCAGCGGCGGCGAGCUGAACGGACCGACCAUGGUGUUCCCGCAGCGUCAGGAGAACGUGGCCAACUCGACUAUGAUCUGCAUGACCACUCCGGGAUUCGCCAUCACCCUCAUCGUGCUGUUGGCCGUUCUGCUCUCGUCGUGCGUCAUGUCGGCCUAUCUCUUCAUGCGUCUCAGGCCCUUUUCCGCGCGGGCCAACAAGUCCGCAGCCGCGGACUUCUGCAACGCCGAGCAGAACGCCGCCACGACGAAGAAGUCCUCGAGGACGUGCUUCUACUCAUAGAGGUGUCGAAACGGUCCGAGCCGACACCCUGAGCUUCCGGUGCUCCCGAUAUUCGUGCCGGUGAGAGAGUCCGCCAAAUUUGCACGACCCUCUUUCCUCUUCGGGAACCGGUUUAUGCGUUUCCCCGCGUUACCUCGCGGCCAGACGUCGUUGGAGGUCGACGUGGUCGUGGAGGACGAACGCGGUCGGCGCGAGCGCGAGCGGGUUAUCAGUCUCGAUCGUCGCCAAGUCGAGAAAUUAGCUAUAAGCGCGUACAUUAAGCUGCAAUGAAGCCUCAAGGUGAAUGUCCCAAUUAACGACCAAGUGGCCUCAUUGUGAACGAAAAGUACUAAAUUAAUAAUACACGUGUAAAACUAAGAAUACACAAAGUCGACAAGUCCUCGGAGAAAUAUCUUUCUUGAACUCUUCUUGCACCUCUGAGGUUUUAAUCCUCUCAUAUUUACCUGAUUUAUGGAAAGAUUUCAAUUUUUUACAACGUUUUUUUGUCAGAAACGACUGCGGUAUUUAGUUUUGUAUUUUUCAUCAACAGUUUGGUUUUGUAGAAUUUUAAGAGUAACCGCACAGAUCCGACGAAUAGACAUUUGAUAUUAACUAUCAACUAUCCAACAUGUCCGCUUGUAAUCAUGAUGGUACAGCAUUUAUUAUUUUCAAUUUUUUCAAUUCGAUUCGAACGCGUAUUUAGAAUAAAUUUGAAUCCAUAUAUCGGCUGAUUUAUUAAAAAAAUUGGGACACUCACUAGUUGGAAUAUUCACCUUUACGUUCACCAGGCUGAAAUUCCAUUGGUCUUUCUAGGUUCGUAUUAGCAUAGGUCGCUACUAACGUCGCACAUGUGUAACGCACCGAUUUCUCAUUUGAAUCUCUCAUCUCUACUCCAAAUUUGUAAUACUAUUUAACACGUUCGCCGCCAACGUCACAUACGCACGAUAGCGGUAAUUUCUUUUCUAUAUUCACGCAUGAACAAAGUCUCUUUUGUACAAUCACAUGGAAACAAACGAGAGUCCCCCCAAGCAGGCCGUGAUAGUUAACAUGUUAAUACAUUAUCGAGGACACGAAAUUUUGGCGUUUCAGCCAGCUUAAUUAAUCUUCCUUGAUUCACGUGAUCUCCUAACACAUAAAGACUCAGCCGGUGCGAGAGACCGAUUUUUAAGUAAUGGAAACGGAAUAUAUUAAAAGUUUGCUCCACAGGCGUGGACUUUGAUUUAUCACUGAAUGUUUAUGGAUUCGGAGAAGUUGGCGUCUCGUUGGCUCGAGAUACUGAUACGCGAGUCGAGGACUGUUAAGAUAAAGCCCGUUUACAAUUUUUGUUUUUUUACUUUCAAACUUUACCCAGUUUCAGAGGAAGCCAGUCUCGAGGAAGAGUAACGGUCCAUAAUGUGUUAAUAGCAUUCAUAAUGGUUGUACUUCAAACUCUUUGUAUGCUUUUAUUCACGCCUUCACAUGCUGUUAUUUCACGUGGCAUACUCGAGAACUUGGAUUUAGACUUAAAUCGCGUGAUAUUUGUGACAUUGCAGUUGGUGAAAGAUUGCAAUACUUUCACUUCGAUGAGUUUCCAACCGGAAGAGUCGAUCUUCAAUAGUUUCCAGAAGAUAAACCUUCUACUGGACGUUAGGGGGAUACAUUUUGAAAUUUAUAGAGACAAAAGUGCUGCACUUCUAAUCUCAAUAUAUUCCAUACAAUAUACUCCAAAAUCCCGUUUAACUCUAACCUCAAAGCUGAAUAUUUGAGAUAAAUUCCAAGCAACGGGUCAUUAAUGCGUUUGCCCUUAAUUAUUUCCAUCUCGUGUCUGAAUAUAAAAGAGAAAAAUGAUGUGAUAUCGAUACACUCCAAGCUGUCAAAAUGACUAAUUAACCGAAUAAUCAAGAUUCAUAAUGGAUACGCGCGACGCGGCCGAUUAGGAAGACAAAUUACUUUUUAGCAUGGUGGAUGCUCUUUAUU